CGGACACUUCUCUGGAACGAACAUAACAAGCUGUCCCCUUCAGCUUUCGAGUCCCCUCCCAUUGAAAGAACAACUCGAAGGUCCGGCACCACGAAACCUUCUCCCAUAUUGCAUUACAAUAACUUCAUCCAUCGAGUUGACGUCUAUCAUGUUCACAAUGCAGCGCUUUGUGGUCUCAGCUCUGCUGAUUAUCACUGUCGCCUUCCUCUUCUUUGCCCAAACAGCUCAAGCUACCAAGGGCCCCAAGAUCACCCACAAGGUCUACUUCGACAUCUCUCACGGCGAUGAGCCAAUGGGUCGUAUCGUUAUGGGUCUCUAUGGGAAGACUGUUCCAAAGACUGCCGAGAACUUCCGAGCUCUCGCUACCAUGGAGAAGGGAUUCGGAUAUGAGGGCUCUACUUUCCACCGUGUUAUCCAGAACUUCAUGAUCCAGGGAGGCGACUUCACCAAGCAUGACGGCACUGGCGGAAAGUCAAGUAUGUAUUUGCGAGAGAUUGAACUCCAAGAAAGGGACUGAUUGGUCGCAGUCUACGGAGAGAAGUUCGCAGACGAGAACUUCAAGUUGAAGCACUCCAAGAAAGGUCUUCUUUCUAUGGCCAACGCCGGAAAAGAUACCAACGGAUCCCAAUUCUUCAUCACCACCUCAACUCCAGGGUAAUUAGUUCACUCCAUAUCACCUACGUAUCCAAACCUAACACUUUCCUAGCCAUCUUAACGGCAGACACGUUGUCUUUGGUGAAGUCCUCGAGGGUUACGAGAUCGUCGAGAAGAUCGAGUUGGUUCCAAAAGGACCCGGCGACAAGCCUGUCCAGAAGGUCACAAUUACUAAGAGCGGAGAGCUCCCAGUACCAGAAGAAGGUAUCCACGUGGAACUAUAAAGCAAUCUCUCGUGCUCUACGCAUUAUUGGACUCACUGAUCGGCUGUCUCGUGAACAGAUGCAUAUGGCCACGCCGAAUUUAUGGACGGAGAAUCAGAAGACGAUGAAAAGCCACUCAACACUUCGACUGAUACACCCAAAACUACCGAAACUAGUAGUCCUAUUAUUGCAACUCCUAUCACUGAUGAGGUCUCCUCUGAAGGCUUCAGUCUCUUGCAAAAGGCAUUUUUCUUGGCUGUUAUCUUUGCUUGUGUUGCCGGGUAUAUGCGUAUGACUAGCAGAAGGGCAAGGCGAUUCGGAGACAAAAGUAUGGCUUGAGAUGUAUAUUAUCCAAUAUUGUAUAUGAAUGAUGCCUUUCCUCACGGCUCAUUUACACCUGCAUUUUCACAUGUUGGUUCCAAGCCCCUUUUGACUACCGCUUAAGGUAUCUUCUCUC